CCCUUUCUUCGACAACAUUUCCGUCGUUCAGUAUUAUCCAGAGCAAUCGUGAAGGUAUCAACGGAAGCUGAAUUGGACUUCGUUCCCGCGCUUGUCUUCCAACAAUGUAGCAUUCUCUUAGGGCUUCACUUCCAUUGAUUCUCCCGUCUGCAUCCACUCCAUGGCCUGCGAACGCUUUCACAAUCUUUCUUCCUCAAUUUAUUCGUCUUCUCCAUUCCCCAAUUCCAGACUCGGAAUCCUCAAGCAACGAAGAUGGCGUCGCCCUUAUCCCUCCAUAUCAUCUCAAAUUUCAACACCGUCCAAUUUUCGAGGUGACGAAGACGAGGAUUCGAAGAAAAACAGGCUGAAGAAUUUCCUUAAACUCUCUGUAACCCUCACUAUAGUUUCAGCCUCUUUUCCUAUAUCCAGCGCCCAUGCUGCUACAGCCGCCAAAGAAGUGAAGGAACGGAGGCGUGGAACUAAGAAAUCUUCCGCCAAAAAAAUUGAAGCUCUUUCGCCUCAGGAGCUGMUUUCAUGGUCGCAGGGACUUCCACCUGUCUCGAACCGGAUUCCCUACACUGAAAUCCUGGAUUUGAAAAGGGAGGGAAAAGUUAAGCAUGUGAUCAGAGUUCCUUAUGGAUUUUUUAGGCAAAGGUCGGAGCCGGUAAUGGUGGUUCUGGAGGAUUCCAGAGUGUUGAGGACGGUCUUGCCGUCUGGGGAGAAUAAUCGAAGGUUUUGGGAGCUGUGGGAUGAGUUGGGGAUCGAUACGGUUUGUGUUAAUGCAUAUACACCUCCAAUAAAGCCUCCAGAUUUGCCUGCUCCGUAUUUGGGAUUCUUGUUGAGAGUACCGGCGUUUAUGUAUUCCUUUGUUAAACCGAAGAAGGAAUCAAAGAGGGCUGCAGAGAUUAGGCGUGUAAGGGAGGAGUUAAAGAUGGAAAAGACUGUUGAAUUGGCGAAAAUGAGGCAGGAAAGAGAGAUGAUAGAGAAGGCAUUGAAGAUGCAGAAGAAACAGGAGGAGAGGAGGAUUAAGAGACAGACAAGAAGAAAGAAGGAGGAGGAAUCAUUGCGUGAGGCUAGAAAAAACUACCAACAUAUGGCGAUUGUGUGGACAAAUUUAUCCCGGGAUUCGAAUGUGGCAACAACCCUUGGUUUGGUUUUUUUCGUUAUUUUCUAUCGAACAGUGGUGUUCAGCUAUAGGAGACAAAAGAAGGAUUAUGAGGAUCGAUUGAAGAUUGAGAAGGCUGAAGCAGAGGAGAGGAAGAAAAUGCGGGAGUUAGAAAGGGAGCUGGAAGGUAUUGAGGGUGAGGAUGAUGAUAUUGAGCAAGGAAAAGGUGAACAAAAUCCUUACUUGAAGAUGGCUAUGCAAUUUAUGAAGUCGGGUGCUCGAGUUCGUCGGGCUCAUGGCAAGAGGCUGCCUCAGUACCUGGAGAGAGGUGUGAAUGUGAAGUUUGAGGAUGUCGCUGGACUUGGGAAAAUAAGGCUCGAGCUUGAGGAAAUUGUGAAGUUUUUCACACAUGGAGAGAUGUACCGGAGAAGGGGUGUAAAGAUUCCAGGUGGUAUUCUGCUUUGCGGUCCUCCUGGAGUGGGGAAAACUUUACUAGCAAAAGCAGUUGCUGGUGAGGCAGGGGUUAACUUUUUCUCCAUAUCUGCUUCUCAAUUUGUGGAAAUAUAUGUCGGGGUUGGUGCUUCUCGUGUUAGAGCCCUAUAUCAAGAAGCAAAAGAAAAUGCUCCAUCAGUUGUUUUUAUUGAUGAGCUAGAUGCUGUUGGGAGGGAACGUGGUCUGAUAAAAGGUUCUGGAGGGCAAGAGCGUGAUGCUACUCUUAAUCAGCUUCUUGUCUGCUUGGAUGGAUUUGAAGGGAGGGGAGAAGUGAUCACUAUCGCUUCUACUAAUAGACCUGAUAUUCUUGAUCCAGCACUCGUGAGACCUGGACGGUUUGAUCGAAAGAUUUAUAUUCCUAAGCCUGGACUUAUUGGUCGCAUUGAAAUUCUCAAGGUUCAUGCACGAAAGAAACCUAUGGCUGAAGAUGUUGAUUAUAUGGCUGUUGCUAGCAUGACAGAUGGAAUGGUUGGUGCAGAACUAGCGAACAUAGUUGAGGUUGCUGCUAUAAAUAUGAUCCGUGAUAGCAGAACUGAGAUUACUACCGAUGAUUUAUUACAAGCUGCUCAAAUUGAAGAAAGGGGGAUGCUGGACAGGAAGGAAAGAAGUCCCGAGACAUGGAAGCAAGUGGCCAUUAAUGAAGCAGCAAUGGCUGUUGUAGCAGUGAACUUCCCCGAUCUUAAAAAUAUUGAAUUUGUCACCAUUGCACCUAGAGCUGGUAGGGAACUGGGUUAUGUUCGGAUGAAAAUGAAUGCCAUAAAGUAUAAUGAAGGAAUGCUUACCCGCCAGUCCCUCUUGGACCAUAUAACUGUUCAACUAGCACCACGUGCAGCAGAUGAGCUUUGGUAUGGGGCUCACCAGUUGAGUACAAUCUGGGCUGAAACGGCAGACAAUGCUAGAUCAGCUGCAAGAACCUUUGUUCUUGGAGGCCUUUCUGAGAAACACUAUGGAGUAUCCAACUUCUGGGUUGCAGAUCGAAUCAAUGAUAUUGAUUUGGAAGCUUUGCGGAUUUUGAACGUCUGUUAUGAGCGUGCGAAAGAGAUCUUGCAACAAAACAGGACGCUCAUGGACGCAGUGGUUGAUGAUCUUAUUCAAAAGAAAAGCUUAACAAAACGUGAAUUCUUCCAUUUGGUCGAGUUGCACGGCUCCAUUAAACCAAUGCCUCCGAGCAUUAUCGACCUUCGAAUCGCCAAGCGGACCAAGUUCCAGGAGGAGAUGAUGAAGAUAAACCAGAAGAAAAUAGCCAUAGGCAGCAGCUCGUGAACAAGGAUCCCGAAAACCAUUGCCAUCACUCUUCUAAAACUUGAGAUCAUGGGUUCACAAAUAUAUAUCAGUGACCGUGUAAGUCAUUGCCUGAGCGGGAAGCCACAGAGAGCUGGCUGCCGGAGGCCGUUUCUUCCGAUCAACUUCCGGCGAAGAAUGUGUAUGAAGAUUGGAUAAUCGAUCAGUUGGAGGGCAAAAAGGUGCAUGUUUGUUAGUUUCUGUUCGAUUUUACCACAUCUGAAAUGUAGUUUCUGCGUAGUUCACAAUUUUUAUUGCACAAUUUCUUCUCCAUUUAUAGGCUGUAUCUUUUCAUGUAAUCCAUUCUGAAGCUGCAGGUGAUUUUUUUUUACUACUUUAAGAUUAA